UCCCUAAGCAUAAUAACCAUCAAUAGUUUAUUGACAAAAUAGAAAAAACUAUAAAACUGAAAGAACAGCGACGACUGAGCAACAACAUUACUCAAUGCAUGUGAUUGUAAUUUUUGGGCAGUUAGUGAAAAGUAAAAUCUUGGUUUGUCAACGUUGUUGUUGGUGUUGUUGUGGCUGAGUGCCGUAUAGUGUUUUCGUUCGGAGCGCGAACGCGCAGAGUCUUUGGAAAAAUUAGAAAAAGUCGUCCGGAAUACGCACCCCGCAGCGACAGGACGGAAAAAUGAGCAGCGAAGCCCAGGAGGUUGGCGCUGAGGUGGUCGCCAGUGCUGAUGAGGACCCCGAGAAAUUGAGCGCCAAAUAUGAGAAUUUGUGCCGUGACAUCAACUUGGACAAAAACACCGAAGACACUGCAUUCAAAAUGUAUCAGAAAGUAACCAACAAUUUUUCGUUGGAGGGUAACGAAAAGCACUGGAUGGCGUGUGCCAUAUACACGGCCAGUCGUCAAUCACAAACGCCGACGGUCAGCAAACAGGAUACGGUUAUGGGGAGCUGUCUGUCACUGAACAAUCUGCUACGGAGCUGCCGUAUGAGCAUAUACGAUUUUAAAACAAAAAUUAAACAAUGGUGUAGCAUGGCGAAUAUGUCAGAAGAAUUCCGUAAACAGAUUGACAAUAUGGAACGAAAGUUUAGCAUCACACUCACACUGUUCAAGAACUACAGAACGAUAUUCGAAAGAGUGUUCUCGUGUCCACCCAACGAGAAGAAGCACAACAAGUAUAGCGCCUUGCACUCCAAAUGCUCGUACAUUAAGCUAGAUGAUAUUUGCUGGCGCCUCUUUCUGUGCGUCAAGAAUCAAAAGCCAUCAGCAACUGUCGAUUUGGUCACCUCAUUCAAUCUUAUGAUGUGCUGCAUCGAUCUGAUCUAUGCCAAUGUACUGGCCGAGAACCGUACUGAUCUCAUCAAUCCCGACUUUCCGGGCGUACCCGAAUUCUCUGAAGCCAAGCCACGCGAUCAUUGUAUACUCAGUCAUUUCUGCGAUAUGGCGGAUGAGGCCAAAGUAAUGAAGAACACUGUAUUCAAAAAGAUAAUCCAAGCAUUUUUUGAAGCCAAAACGAUUUAUGGCAACGAGGAGACGAUGCUGGGGCUGCUGUCAACCGAGAAUUUCGAGCGCAAUCACAAGUCGUUGAACAUCUCCUACGAGCAAUAUGUGCUCAUGGCGGGUGAAUUCGACGAACGCAUACUGGCUGCCUAUCACAUGGACGCUAAUGAGCACACAAAUCUGAAUGAUCAGGCCUUGCGUCCACCAGUCACGCCACUGACGCGCCAACAGGAUUUGCCAGCCAUGUCCGAUCGUAAUUUCGAGCCUGUAGCCCAUGCCACAAGCAAUGUGAAGCAUUUGAGCGCCAAAUUCACUACCCAACCCACAGACUUCGUUAUGCAAGCCGGUGACGAAGUGAUUCACAAAAUGCUUGAAAUGAUUGGAAAAAUGAAGCAGAGAUUCACUACCGAAUUUCCCAUUCGCAGCGAGGCGGAGAAUCGAUUUAAGCUGGCCAUGUCGGUAUAUUUCUCAUUACUCCAUCACAUAUUGCUUGCCGAGAAAAACAACAAGCCGAACAUUGAUCUCAAGAAGAACCUGUCCCACGACAUGUUCAAUAACACGCUUAUGGCCUGCUGUGUGGAACUGGUCCUGGCGGCGUACAAUACCGAGCUGAAAUUUCCCUGGGUUCUAGACUGUUUCGGCAUCAACGCCUUUGAGUUCCACAAGAUAAUCGAGAUUGUGGUGCGCCAUGGCACCCAUGAAGGUCGAUUGACACGCGAGCUGGUAAAGCAUCUAAAUUCGAUCGAGGAGACAUGUCUGGAGCGCUUGGCUUGGCUUCGAACCUCGCCCGUUUGGGGUAUGAUCGCAGACGUGGAGACGCUGCCCACAAGCGCCGAGGUGAACAAUGACAGGUCUGCUGGCGCUCUGCAAAUCUUCCUGCGUAAGGUCUAUCUGUUGGGUUGGCUACGUAUACAGAAGCUCUGCGCCGAGCUGAACCUUAAGGACAAGAUGCCCGACAAGAUCUGGACCAUAUUCGAGCAUUCGAUAAGGGUGAAAACGGAAUUAAUGAAAGAUCGACAUCUCGAUCAAAUCAUAAUGUGUGCAAUCUAUAUUUAUAUAAGAGUAACUAAAAUGCAGGAUCCUAAGUUCAGCGACAUAAUGCGUUCCUAUCGCAAUCAGCGGCAAGCCGUGAAUAGCGUCUAUCGUGAGGUGCUCAUCAAAGAUAACGACGGCAAACCCGAGUACAAGGACAUUAUAUAUUUUUAUAAUUACAACUAUGUGCCCGAAAUGACAACCUGGUCCAUUGAAAAUCUAAAUAAGAACUUGGAUCGUUCGGAUUUAUUGCUUUCGCCACACCCCAUCGAACGCCAAUCGCAACCCAAGAGGCUAACAAGCGGGCUUUACGUAUCACAAAUGAGCAAAAACGAGUUCCAGCCCUCGCCAAAUGAUGAUGUCUACAGUUUUCAUUGCAGUCCGGCCAAGGACUUGCAAAAAAUGAACGAGAAGGUGCGCGGGGGCAAGCGGUUGUUGAACUUUAACGAGGACUCGCCUCGGGAAAUGUCUUACCAUUUGAAACAACUGAAGACCGUCAGGGAUGAUCGCGAUACUGAGUGCAAAUAGAGAUAGACGACGCAAAGCGAAUCGGUUGCUCGAUCCGCCUAAUCUCACACAAACAAACACAGACACACAUCCACCCACACAAACUCCCACACACACACACACCUUUGUGAACCUGGUUUUGUAACUGGCCAUAAGCCUUCCAUUUAGUAGUUGUUUUAUAAAUUUUUUUAUAAUUAAUAUUUUAUUUUUUUUUAAAUUGCCAUUACUUCCAUCCCUUCUUCUUUAAUGUAAAACGUGCCUGUAUUCCUUUUAUAUAUUUUAAUUUUAUUAUAUUGUAACAAGCGCGUCGUCUCCAUUUACCAUAUGCUUAUGUACAACACAGACAUAUACUGAAGAUAUAUAAUAUAGUUGCUUCGGUGUGUGUGUGCGCGCGACAUACGCAUUUUUUUAUUAUUGGCAACUUUUUCAAGCCAACCAUCCACCCACCCACACACCUUCCAUCCCAUUCGCGUUUAUACAAAUCGCGCCUAACUUAACAUUAAAGAAAUUUUUAGCAAAGAACCGAAGAAAUCCCUAGAUGUUACUAUCCCUAAAAUUAAAAGAAAGGAAAUAGAAACUAGCAAGUUCGUAGUUGACGAUAUAUAGUACACACAUACAUUCGACAGAUCUACGACCGUUUUCGCAUAACCAUACCAAUAUUCUAUACAUAUGUGUAUAAAAUCUAUCUAUAUAAAAUCUAUAAAACAAAAAAUUAAUAAAAUAUUUGACCAAAA